AUGGGGCUGGCGGCUCGCCAGCCAAUGUCCUGGCUCUUCCUCCACACUUCACAAACCCCACGUGGCCGUGACGUCAAGGACUACUCGAUCGAGUACAAGAACAGCGAGCUGUACAAGUCGAACCGCGAGCGCACGCUGCAGUUGGCUGAAGUGUCCGGCGACUUUGUGUGCCACUCGACUCUGAACUACACGCCGAUCGCCACGGGCUUCUUGAACCAGUUGAAGGAGCUCGUCGUUAAGCAGCAGCUCACGUACUGGCGCAACCCGCAGUACCACUUCUUGCGCAUGUUCCUGUUCCCUCGCUUCGGUGUCAUCUUCGGUCCGACCUUCUACCAGCUCGAGGCGGACAGCGUCAAGCGCAUCGACUUGCACAUCGGUCUCAUCUACAACAGUAUGGAUUUCAUCGGUGUCAUCAACCUCAUGACGGUGCUGGAAGUCACGUGUGCCGAGCGCGCCGUGUUCUACCGCGAACACAUGUCGAACUACUACGGUCCGCUGUCCUACAGUCUGUCGCUGUGGCUCGCUGAGGUGCCGUACCUGAUCUUCGUGAUCGUGCUGUUCGUGACGAUUGAGUACUGGCUGGUGGUGAACGUGGCUGUCGGCGCGCUGUCGUGUCUGUUCAACUUGUUCUCGGGCUACCUGCUGCCGCGUCCGGCUAUGAUGGCUGGCUACAAGUGGUUCACUUACCUGAUGCCGUCGAGCUACUCGCUUGCGGCGCUGGUGGGCGUUCAGUUCGGUGAGGCGCAGGACGUAAUCUCCGUCACGGACGGUGGUGUCACGACGGAGAUGACGGUGGCGCAGUACAUCGAGGACACGUACGACUUCCGACCGAACCGCAAAUACAACUUCAUGGCUGGUCUCAUGGUGAUCUGGGCCGUGCUGCAGAUGGCCAUCUACCUCACGUUCAACUUUGACCAAUAUUCGGCACCAAACGGCUCCAUUGCUGCCAUAAUUGACGCGUCAUUCAGCGAGAUAGUUCCGCGCGUGGUCAUCAGUGUACACACCGAACGCCCUCCUGGUCAAACGCAGCGCAAACGUGCGAGACUGGCGAAUGUCUUUGCCGAUGACGCCCCUCGUUGCUUCCCAGCAGAUUUCAUGUUUGGGUCGGCCACCGCCUCGUACCAAGUUGAAGGCUCGUGGAACGAAGGCGGUCGCACUCCAAGUAUCUGGGACGAUUUCUGCCGCACGCACCACAGGACGAAAGUGGUGUGUGCCAACGUCGCUGACGCCUUUUACCAUCGCUACCGAGACAACGUCAAGCUCAUGGUCGACACUGGCUUGCAGUCCUCGCGCUUCUCCGUCUCGUGGUCAAGAGCCAUGAACUGGAAUCCAGAGACCAAACGUAUGCAGCUAAACCCUCACGGCCUUGCGUUCUACCACGCUCUUGUCGACGAGCUCAUCACCAACAACAUCGUACCGAUCUUGACGCUGAGCUCCAGGGCUGAAAAGUCCGACACUUUUGCAUACAUUGUGGCUCACAACGUGCUUCGUUCAUAUGCAGCUGUUGUCAAAGCGUUCCGAGACUUAAAGGCAAGUUCACCACCCGUUCUCGACCAAAAGGCUCGUAUCGGCAUCACAUUGAACUCAGAUGCUGCCUAUUCGCUCGACGAGAAAACCCCGUUGGACGUCGCCUGCAGCGGGAAGGAAGAUGCAGUUCGAACUGUACUGGUUCCUCUCACCUCUGGUUACUGGAGACUAUCCGGCAACCAUGCGGGAACUAGUGGGCUAUCGCUUGCCGAGAUUCACAACCGAGGAGACGGCGCUAUUGAAGGGAUAGUACAGCAGCAGGCGCUUUCAUCCUCGUCAUGGAGACCCACCCAGCCCGUGCCAACCACCAAAUAUGGACACUUCUUCUUGUUCCACUCUGGAGUCGUCGAUGCCACUUCCUCCUUCAUAAGAGACGAGGCGUAUAGAUGGAUACAUGAGCUUCACACUGAGCACCACCUCGAGGCGCUACAUGUGCCCAAGCUGCGACUAGUUUUCAUCAAGGAGCACAGACAGGGAGCCAUCUCCAUGGUCUCGCAGCUCGGCCUGUACGUGUUGGCUGCCGUGGGCUCCAAGCUCAUCGUUUACGAGCUUAAGUCAGAGCAGCUGAUCGGCUGCGUGCUCUACGACAGCGCAGAUAAGAAACUGGCGCUGCUAGCGGUGGAUAUGGACGAGAACCUGCACGUGAUGCAGUUGGCCCCGCAAAAUUAUCGAGUCUCGCGGUGGCCAGCGUCUGCUGCGAGUGAGCGACUUCCACUUGGUUGUCCAAGUCUCGGGUUUGUUCCGGAAGCGGGUGGAUGCGUCUGGAUCGGUGGUGUCUGCUACGAAGUGACGCAAUACAGCACCUUUGUCCUACUACUUGAACGUCAUGUGUACGUCGGAGGGAGGUGUCACCCUCUGGUUCCUGUCGGGAAGGGCGUGUUCCGUCGUCUCUUCAAGUUGCAGAACGAUAUGGUGAACACGCUGCCUCAGAAUUGCGCGCUGAAACCUCGGGAGUUCUGCAUGCUUAAGACCAACGCAAAGCGAAGAUAUGGCAGACCGGACAAGAAGAAGUGGAAAAAGUGCUUCCUGGACGCCUUCGUGCUGUGCCGCUUUUUGCAAUUUGCUAUGUGGCGCAGAAGGAGCUUGCACGCUGCAAUCGGUACCACGCCCGAGGUGGUCAUCACAACCUGCUCACGCCACGUCGACAUUCCUGUAGCUGAUGCGUUGUUAGGGACGAAUCUCGUGGCGUGCAAACUGAACGUUCCAGCCCAAGGCUUCCGUGUUGUGUGUUGCUCGCGUGGUCGUUAG